AUGAUAUUUCUUGAAGUCCUUAUCUCUGACUCGCCACUGGACCGACUCACUGACCGUCUCUCUCUCACUGCAACUCUCUCUCUCUCUCUCUCUCUCUCUCUCAACAACCCAAUUUAUAUCAUGUCUCAUUCUCUCUCUGUUUCUCGCUUUCUCUCUUUCUCUAUCACUGUUUCUCUAUCACUGUUUCUCUUUCUUUCUCUCUCUUUCUCACCCAUUCUCUCUUUCUUUCUCGUUCUUUUCUCUAUUCCUCUUUCUCUCUCUAUUUUUUCUUUCUUUCCCUCUCUCUUACAAUCUCUCUUUUUCUUUCUCUCGUUCUUCUCUUUCACUCUCCCUUUAUUUCUCUGUUGUUCUCUCUUUCUCUCUCUGUCUGUCUCACUUUCUCUCGUUCUCUUUCUCACUCUCGUUCUCUCUCUCAUUUUCCUUCUCUCUCUUUUUUCUUUCGCUCUCUCUGUCUCUCCUUCUCACUCUCUCUCUCUCUCUCUCUCUAUUUCGCCUUCUUUCUAUCUCUGUGUUUCUCUCUCUGAUUCUCUCUCUGAUAGCUCCCUGAAUCUUUCCUUUUCUUUCUCUUUCUUAUUCUCUCUCUCUCUCUCUUUCUGUCUUUCUCUUCCUUAA